CUCCUAUGCAUAAGUUAGCACACGAACUUGCGACCACCUAGUCACCAAUUCUCCUUCGUACUACCACAGAUUGCAGACAUGCUAAGUUCUCACCGUGGUGGGUUAUCGUACUGUCCUUUCGUGCAGGACUGCUCGACGGUCACUGCUUUGUUACCUGCUGGUGGGGUAUUUUGUACGCCUAGAGGCGCUGUCAAGACCGCAACGCAUAUGGGUCAAGGGAGCCUGUACCUUCGCCGCGAGCUUGCCGUAUUUCUGCAGAGCGGAACACCGCAUCUAAGGGUUCUCGAAAUCGCGCUGCCAUCAAACAUGAGGCCGACAGUCUCGACACCGUUCGACGGCAGAAUAUGGAGAGAGAGGAGACUGCGUGCACAUUUGGUUAACAGCAACGAAGUCGUCAUCACUGUCGAAGAUGAAGUUCCAAUGGCUGAAUGGCAUCAGUACAUUCGUAACAUCGAAGAAGCUCGGAGGAGUCCGCCAGCAUGGCAGCGGCGCGGAGCUGUCGUGCAUGCAAACGCUGGUGUUGUCAGCCCUAAACAGGUGCAAACACUCUAUCCGCUGGAUACCAACCCCCAAGCACCGUGGUCACCACGCUUCGGACCGGAGCAAGCAACGCCGGGGACAGAUUUCAGCGCUGUUUGCACCAGCCUCGAUGAAGCAUUCGAUCCCUUCGACAUCCUAUCCCUUAGCCCGUUCCCGGAGUACCUGCGCGAAGAGCUUGGAUGAGAUCAGACUGGCCAGCGGCUUUGUGUGAUGAUGUACAGUAUCGUUAACGCUUCAGCUACCUCCGGCC